GUCCGUUUUCACUUGUGCAUAACCCUAGCCCUAACUCUCUCGUUCGUACUGGAGAAAGAAAAAAAAAAAGCAAUUGAAGAAGAGACGAGUCGAAGAGCGACACGAUCGUAACCAGGGAGCUUGAUUUCUCCCCGGAUUCUUUUCUAAUGGAUUCUCAACAGAGCGAUCUCUUUGACACCGUAUCGCAGCCUGACACGGUGGCCGACGCGUAUAACUUUUUGGAAUUCGAUACUCAAGGUGAUUCGGAGUUUGAUUACCCGGAGUUUGGAUCACCGACGGCAUGGCCUACCCCAUCUGAUUCUAUUUCAAUCGCUGACGCUUCCGAUCGUGGUGGAGGAGGAGCUGCUGCGGAUCAUCAUUCCGAGGCUUCGUCACCUUCUUCCCUCUCUGCCGUUGCCGGGAAUGGUGCAAAAGCGGGACGUGGUGGUGUUAGUAGUAGUAUUCAGGUUGAUGCAUUGGCCGCUGGUAUCGGAAAUUUGAACUUCGAGGAGACUGGAGAUGAUGAUGGUUUCGAUUAUGGUCAGAAUGAUUUCACGGAGCACGCUUGUAAGUAUUGUGGUAUCUCGAACCCUGCUUGCGUGGUUAGGUGUAAUGUGGCUUCCUGUAGAAAGUGGUUCUGCAAUUCAAGGGGGAACACCUCGGGCUCGCAUAUUGUGAAUCAUCUGGUUCGAGCUAAACACAAGGAAGUUUGUCUCCAUAGAGACAGUCCACUAGGGGAAACAAUUCUUGAAUGCUACAACUGUGGGUGUCGAAAUGUCUUUCUCCUCGGUUUCAUCUCAGCAAAGACAGACAGUGUCGUCGUCCUUCUCUGUAGAGAUCCUUGUUUAAAUGUUAAUGCCCUCAAGGAUAUGAACUGGGACCUAAGUCAGUGGUGUCCCUUGAUUGACGAUAGGUGUUUCCUCCCCUGGCUUGUUAAGGUCCCAUCAGAGCAGGAACAGCUGCGGGCACGCCAAAUUAGCGCACAGCAAAUAAACAAGAUAGAGGAAUUAUGGAAGACAAAUCCGGAUGCUACUCUUGAAGACCUUGAAAAACCUGGUGUAGACGAUGAACCUCAGCCUGUUCAACCUAAGUAUGAAGAUGCAUAUCAGUAUCGAAAUGUGUUUGCACCUCUAAUCAAGCUUGAAGCAGACUAUGACAAGAUGAUGAAAGAGUCUCAAAGCAAGGAAAACCUCACAGUUCGGUGGGAUAUUGGUCUUAACAAGAAGCGUGUUGCAUACUUCGUCUUUCCGAAGGAGGAAAAUGAAUUACGAUUGGUGCCGGGUGAUGAACUACGUCUGCGCUACUCGGGAGAUGCUGCUCAUCCAGCCUGGCAAUCAGUUGGACAUGUGAUCAAGCUAACGGCACAAGAGGAGGUUGCUCUUGAACUCCGAGCUAAUCAGGGAGUUCCGAUUGACGUGAACCAUGGAUUCAGUGUUGAUUUUGUUUGGAAAAGUACAAGCUUUGAUCGAAUGCAGGGAGCAAUGAAGAACUUUGCGGUAGAUGAAACAAGUGUGAGUGGUUAUAUUUACCAUCAGUUGCUCGGACAUGAAGUUGAGGCGCAGAUGGUUCGUAACACACUACCUAGACGUUUUGGGGUACCUGGUCUUCCAGAACUGAAUGCAUCUCAGGUUAAUGCGGCAAAAAGUGUCCUUCAAAAGCCCAUCAGCUUGAUCCAAGGUCCACCUGGCACGGGUAAAACUGUGACUUCUGCAGCAAUUGUGUAUCACAUGGCAAAACAGGGCCAGGGACAGGUUCUCGUUUGUGCCCCAAGUAAUGUUGCUGUAGACCAACUAGCUGGAAAAAUUAGUGCUACUGGUUUAAAGGUUGUUCGCCUUUGUGCAAAAUCUAGGGAAGCUGUAAGUUCUCCUGUAGAGCAUUUAACCCUUCACUACCAGGUACGGCAUUUGGACACAUCUGAGAAGAGCGAGCUGCAUAAGCUACAGCAGUUGAAAGAUGAACAAGGUGAGCUGUCGAGCAGUGAUGAAAAGAAAUACAAAAACUUGAAAAGAGCAACAGAACGUGAGAUAACCCAGAGUGCUGAUGUCAUAUGCUGCACGUGUGUUGGUGCUGUUGUUCUUGUUGGUGAUCAUUGUCAGCUUGGCCCCGUCAUUAUGUGCAAGAAAGCAGCUCGUGCUGGCUUGGCACAGUCUCUCUUUGAACGACUUGUGCUUCUUGGUAUCAAACCAAUCAGAUUGCAGGUUCAAUAUCGUAUGCAUCCAGCUUUGUCCGAGUUCCCAUCUAACAGCUUCUAUGAAGGAACUCUACAGAAUGGAGUCACAAUUAUUGAGAGGCAAACAACAGGGAUUGAUUUCCCAUGGCCUAUGCCUAACCGGCCCAUGUUUUUCUAUGUUCAGCUGGGACAAGAGGAGAUCAGUGCUAGUGGAACAUCGUAUCUUAAUAGAACUGAGGCUGCUAAUGUGGAGAAACUUGUGACUGCUUUCUUAAAGAGUGGAGUUGUCCCCAGUCAGAUUGGUGUGAUAACUCCAUAUGAGGGACAAAGGGCAUACAUUGUUAAUUACAUGGCAAGAAAUGGUUCUCUCCGACAGCAACUUUACAAGGAAAUUGAGGUUGCCAGUGUUGAUUCUUUUCAAGGAAGGGAAAAAGAUUACAUCAUAUUGUCCUGUGUGAGAAGUAACGAGCAUCAGGGCAUUGGAUUCCUUAAUGAUCCACGGAGGCUCAACGUUGCACUUACGCGUGCUCGUUAUGGAAUAGUUAUUCUUGGAAACCCGAAGGUUCUUAGUAAACAGCCUCUGUGGAAUGGAUUGUUGACACAUUACAAGGAACAUGAGUGUUUGGUCGAAGGACCUCUUAAUAAUUUAAAGCAGAGCAUGGUACAGUUUCAGAAACCAAGAAAGAUUUACAAUGAUCGGAGGCUAUUUUAUGGUGGGGGCGCUGGCAUGAUGGGAAAUGAUAAUUUUGGUUCGGGUAAUCCUAAUGCUGACAGAAGAGGCAGUCGAGGAAGGGCUGGUGGUUCCUAUCUUCCUUCUGGCCCACCUAAUGGUGCUAGACCUGGACUACACCCAGCUGGCUACCCGAUGCCGAGGGUUCCACUUUCACCCUUUCCCGGUGGUCCUCCUUCUCAGCCAUACGCUAUUCCAACUCGUGGACCUGUGGGUGUUGUUCCUCAUGCUCCUCAACCUGGAAAUCAUGGUUUUGGAGCUGGUCGUGGGACUUCAGUUGGAGGCCAUCUUCCGCACCAACAAGCUACCCAACAUAAUGUUGGAACUAUUGGCCCUAAUCUAAACUUCCCGCUUGAUAGUCCAAAUAGCCAGCCUUCACCUGUUGGUCCGCUAUCCCAACCUGGAUAUGGUAACCAAGCAUUCAGGGAUGGAUUUUCUAUGGGUGGCAUAUCACAGGUUGUCUUCUUAUAUAAUUUGUCUAAAACUCCGGCUCAGGGUCUCCCAAAUUCGCUUUACUCGCAGCCUUUCUCACACUACAACACACAGCCACUAAACCUUUCAGGCCCACAGCAAUCUCAACCUAACCAGACGUCACAAAACCCAAAACAUCCUUACAAUGGCUGAGGGUGAGAAAGACAAAACUUGGAUGCAACGGGUUUAUAAACUCUUUUGCAAAUACACCGGCUUGGUUCCAUGCUGUCACAGGUCCAAAACAAACAUCUGGUGACUUCCGGUUGCUUGCAAGGUAUUAUGUGCCUUUUUGGCUCGCCUAAACACAGCAACAGGUAAAUGGUUAUGCAGAGAAACAGGUACCUAAGUAGUAAGCCUGGGGGAAAAAGUAUUUGGUCCGUAAAUCCUUAGGGCUUAUAUGUUUUUGGUUUUUGUUUUUACCGUGUAUUAUUAAAAUACGCUCAGAUGCUUUAUUAUUGUAGUCAGAUAUCUGAAGCCUACCCAUAGUUAAAACUGGUGGUGGUGUUUGGUGAUAUUGAUAUGAUUACAAGCUUUUUGCUUUAUAUAUGGUUUUUGAAUAUUUUA